UCUUUAUUUCAAUGUCUGCAUUCAACGUCGUUCCAACAAUACAAACCACAAACUAAUCAAUCAAUUCCAACGAAAGUUUUCAUUUUUGAGGCAACUGCGUUCGAAAAUGGAAAAGUAGUUCGCGUAAUGCUUUAUUGAAGACCACGGCGAUCACUUCUGUCACUGCCAGGCCACCUUUUCUUGCUUAGCCUUGGUCAAGACAUUCGUCAUUCUUCGCAGCGCAGAGCGUCCUAGCCGCUCAAGGACCUAGUACGUACCUGCGUACGCACGUGUACUGUAUAUAACUUGCAUAUAUUGCAAAAUCAAGGCAAAGAGCGACCCUACGCGGCCUAGGAAAUAUGCAAUUCAGCUGAACCCAGACGAACGUCUUGGUGCAACCGUCCACGGAAGCUGUAUUGGGCGCUGCUCAUUACGCUAAUGACUUUAAGUACCCAGAGCCAAUGUUUUUAAAUACGCUUUUGGAUAGGUUCGUUGCUACAUAGUAAUUGACGCGCCUCUUCGUCGACGUCAUCGCGUGCUUCUUCCACAGCUGGAAGAAGAGUGACUCUCUCACGCGCCAGGCGAAGAACAAACUCCUUGAAUGGGUCAGGAAGGGAGAAUACGUUGGCAGGAAGAUCUUGGUAAAUCUGGCUUGAGCUUCAAACCAUUCACGCACAAGAGCAGCAUGGUUGAAUCUGGCAUUGUCCCACACGACGGUGAAUGUUGCCAGUCCUUGAUCGUCGAGAGUGCGAUCAGUCUUUCCGAGAUACACUGAGAGUGAUGACGUCAUGUCUUGAAAUUGCUGCAUACUUGGUGAUAUUUUCCCAACGCAGACCAAGUUUACGUUGGCUUGCUGUCCGAUGACAUUUCAGCCUCGCCGUCGUCUCUUGGUCAGGUUGAUCCUUCAUUGGUACACUGACGCCGGAACCCGCCUUUUGAAUGGUGCGAACCAGCGUUAGGAUCACCUAUCGAGUUUCAGACCCAUGUUAAACAAACAGGCCCAAAUUCACGGUGUGGUAUGUGGGUACCGUGUCUAGCUGCUGCCGGUCAUGUGUACACACGUUGCUUAGUGAAGCGUAGCUUGUCAAGUAUUCACCUGCCACAGAAGGAAACACAGAGUAAACGCGGUAUUCGUCAGCCAUUUCCCCAACGACUGUGCUAAGAGCUAGGCUCAGCCCAUGACGAAGUUCAUCUUUGGGGAGUUAGCUUGACGUUAUGAAUAAUAGACAACACUGACAUAUAAUGCCGUGCAGGUAACGUUUAGGCUUAGUUGGUUAUUUGACAUUCGUCAGCGUUUAUACGGCGAAUACACGUUAAAUUAAGUAAUAUUUCGAUGCUGGUAUCAACAUGCCUCCAUCAUUUGUCAGUUGGAUAUUCAUCAUUCACAAAGGAGGAAGCGACCUCGAGCCCAUGUCAGCAUUUUCAUGCAGGUGUUUAACUCGAAGUGUGGGCUUAAACUGAACUGUCCACUGCAGAGUAUUAAUUAUGACGAAACGCCGCUUUUUACUCAAUAGCACUGUCGUUUAUGUAGGCCUGACCAUUUUGGUCUUAGUUUUCAUAGCCGUAAGCGACUAUUCAGGCUGGAGUUUGCGUUAUGUGAGACCUCCGCUAUCACUUGUUGGGGCGUCGGCUCUCCGGCAUCGUCUUACCGAUACGGUCGACAGGGGGAGGGGUGCCGAUUUCAACUUGACCUUCACGCAGGGACACACUCUUACACUUACUCUCCGCAUGGAAGUGAAACCAACGCUGGUGAAAGUGUUCUUCUGUGAUGCCUUACGAUCUGCUGCGUUGUUUUGGUCACCGAAGCUGGGCCCAAUCAGCGUGAUACUAAACGAGGAAUCCGCAGCCGAUCACCAGUUUGCUGGCAGGAUGCGUCGGCUGGAAGGCGAGCUGGGUUUCCAGUUUGACUUCCACUACGAGCCUCUUCCCAAUGAUCCCUCCAUCUUAAAGAGUUUUCGAGGCCAAGGGUACGCCCGACAGCUAUGGAGUAGCUUCUUUAUGGAUAUGUACAUCAAGGCGUCCAUUGUCGCCUGGACAGACGCGGAUGGGAUGUUCACUGCGCCCGUCACUCCACAUAAUAUCUUCAACGGCCAGCGAUUGCGAGUGGUUACUUUCACCGACUGGAAAGAAAUUAGGGAAUACGCCUGGGAAAUAACGACUGAAACUGCCAUGGGCAAAACACUGGUGUCAAAUUUCAUGUCUUAUUUCCCAGUUUACAUCUGGAGAGAUACCAUAACCAACUGCAGGAACCAUGUUGUGAAGCACAUGCAAGUGUCUAGCUUUGAGGACGCCUUUCGUAAGCUGGUAGAUGCACCCGUUGGAAAAAAAGGAAUCCCAUUGAGCCCUGUCAACGUCAUCUUGAACUACGCGUAUUACUUUGAACACGAUCGUUACGACUGGCAUCUCGAUGGUAUCCGGAAAGACGCACCUCUCGGUUUGGCGAUCAUACCUAGCGAGAGGGUCCCGGAGGUGCGUGUCACUAAUCACAAAGCGUCUGCCAACAUAUUGGUGCAAGGGUACUGCAUCGCAAAACGGUACACUGACUCGCUUCCGGCUGCUUGCGAGCGGUUUCGAUACAUUCCCAAUUUCCACCUGUUUGUGUUCGAUGUUAACACUGAUCACUUUAACACGUGGUGCUCACUCAGGAAAGGUCGCCGAGACUGCGCAAAACGCAUCGAAGCGCACUACCAGAAUUUCAGGAAGCAUUACAGUGCCGGGUAUGACCUGGAUUUGCAACGAGUUCACAGGGUCGAAAAAGCGGCAAGGCGGGAGAAAGUUUCAUGUGAUGAAGCAUUUCAGUUCGAAUUAAACGAACCAUAAUGUGAUAGUGUUAAAUGAGAUAACGUGACUAACACAACCCUGACAGUGUUAGGUUGCUCUUACACAGCUCACAACCAGAAUGUGGGUUCUACACCCUAUAUGAACUCAACUAUUCAGCACUGUAAAAACUCUGGUAUUAAAAUCAACAAAUUUGGUGUUAUCAAAUGACCACACCAUAGGGUGUUACUUUAACACCACUUGUGUUACUUUGUACAGUAGUGUUACAAUGCACUGGAAAGUGUUAAAAGUAACACCAAAUAACAUCAAAAUUUUUAACAUAAGUGAAAAGUGUUGAUGUUGUCCUCUGAUAAUACCGGGCGUGUUAAAUUUAACACCCUGGUUUUUGCAGUGAAUGAAUGGUUAGUACUUCAAAAACUUGCAUGUGACACCACUCAUUAAAAGUACACGUGUAGUUUGAGGUCUGUUCAACGUUUGAUUUUGUUUCUUUUUCUUAUAAGUUCCUUGUCACACGCGUGCCAGCUCUCUUACAUUGAUCACGCCAUUGGAAAAGUGUACCUUUUUUGCUGACCCGUCUGUGGAAAAAAUGGGUGUAGCAGGGGAAUACAGUUUUCACAAAAUUGCCGUCAAAAUGACAACAAGAUGUUUCUAAAAAGUCCGAAGGCUGGAAGCGUACAAGUGUGCAGUACAGCCAUAUCAGGAAAAAAGUGCCGCUGGGCAUUCCGCUUCCCGGCUCUGAUAGGAUUGUUUCCGUUGGAAAGUGCCAUUUUGACGGAAUAGUUGACAAUUUCUUUGCUUUUCCUUGCAAAGAGGGCGUUUUGUAUUGUGUUGUUACGGCAGGAAGACAAAAAAAGUUCGUGGGGUUUUCUGAUGAAAUCAUAACGGACCCAAAAUGUGUCUGUUGUUUAUAUUCGUAGAGGAACUUUGCCUACUAUUGUGAAAUUAAAAAUAGAUAAAACGAAGUAGAAAGUUUUCCGGGAGAAAUGUUGGCAACCGAUUUGCUUUAAAGUUGUCUUUAGCCCACCAAUCUGCCAAUUUGCGUGAGCGUAAUAAUAAAAAGUCGAGCCGUAGUGCCUUUAAAAUGGUACUUCAAAAUUAAACAUCAGGUUAAAAUGAGCCCAGGAGACAAUUAAAAUAUCUGCAUGUUAACGAUUUCACUGCAUCACUUUUAAUUCGACAGUUUUGGUUUUAUUUAACUUAGUAAUCAACCAUUUUUGUAUUGUAUUUGGCUUUGUACAUGCGACGGAUAAAGAUGUGGACCGUUCUUAUGAUAAUUAUAUCCAGUUAUUAUUCCAUCUGUGAAGUAACCCUCCCUCUCUAAAGGGCAAUACGUAAGAAAAGUAGAUUUUAUCUCAUCAAUCAAUGAGAUAAUCAAUUAACAUUGAUUUGCUUUUAUUUUUGCGUUGGUAUUUUGUGGUGCGUUGUAUCUCAAAACAGAUACUGCAGUGUCUUGGUUUUUGUUACAGAGCAUAAAAAACAUGAACCAAUAAUAACUGAUGUGCCUGUUUACGUACCCAUCUUGGUAUUUUUUUAUUCCCCUUCGGUAGCGUAGCCUGGUGGUGGAGAGUGGAGUAUGUGACUAAACUAAUUAAUUACAUUUCAAACACUUCGCUGGCUACUAUUCUUUUUUUUUGUUAGGCACAUUUCUCCAGUAUAGUUAUCUUAGUUCAGUUCAGUACAGUUCAGUUCAUUUUAUUUCCACUUACACCUGUCAAAACAGUGAAUCCAUUAACACUUUUAAAUGACGCAAGUAAUUGAUAGUAAGUGGAGCAGGUCUCCAAAAAGCAGGGCUUGUAAACCGGGUACCCCCUUGGGAUUGUGUGCAUGUAGAUUGUGCUAAUUACAUUUACAUGAUUGUUAUGACAAAAGAAGUACACAAUAUUUAAAAUGACAAAUACACACAACACACAAAAGGAGACAAGACAAACCUGACGGCAGGACAAGACGUCAACAAGAGGCUAACAAGCACAAUAAGAAAUAACUACAAUUACAGUGAAAUAUAUGAAAAAUUUUUCAAUCACUCUAAUCGGUGUUUUUCUACAAGCCAAGCUUUGAGUUGUUUCUUAAAGACCGACAAAUUUUUAAUUGAUUUAAGAUUAUUACUUAAGGUAUUCCAAAAUUUUGGACCCUGAAUAGAAACAGAAUUAAAAGACGGAGAAAUGCGUACAUAUGGAA